GGGAAUCUCCAGGACGCGUUUUUAUGCUCCGACACACCGUGCCCCUGGUUGGUCACAAGGCCUCUCUUAAUCCCGCUGUUAUACCGCAGAUCUGUGUUUCUCUGCGCAGACGCCGUGAAAUUCGAACCCACACUACAAUGGUCGGUCCCUCCGGCUCCCUCUCUCGCAGAGCGACCGUCAGCCACGUCAUCUUCGACAUGGAUGGCCUCUUGCUCGACACAGAGAAAUUUUAUACUGAAGUUCAGGAAAUUAUACUUGCCAGAUACAAUAAAACCUUUGAUUGGUCUCUGAAGGCAAAGAUGAUGGGAAAGAAGGCAAUAGAGGCUGCUAAGGUAUUUGUUGAAGAGACUGGAAUCAGUGAUUCUCUUAGCGCUGAACAAUUUCUUGUAGAAAGAGAAGAGAUGCUGCAGAAAUUGUUUCCAUCAAGUGAACUUAUGCCAGGUGCUAGCCGGUUACUCAGGCAUCUACAUGUCAAAGGAGUUCCUAUUUGCUUGGCAACUGGAUCUCACAGGAGACAUUUUGAAUUAAAAACGCAAAGACAUGGUGAACUGUUUUCUUUGAUGCAUCAUGUUGUUCUUGGUGAUGACCCUGAAGUUAAACAAGGCAAACCAUCUCCAGACGUAUUCCUAACUGCAGCCAAGAGAUUUGAGGGAGGACCAAUAGAUCCCCGUCAUAUUCUUGUUUUCGAGGAUGCACCCUCUGGAGUCCUUGCAGCUAAAAAUGCUGGGAUGUCUGUUGUUAUGGUUCCAGAUCCAAGGCUUGAUAAAUCCUUUCAUGAUACAGCAGACCAAGUUUUGAACACAUUGUUGGAUUUCAACCCUAAUGACUGGGGCUUGCCUCCAUUUGAAGACAGUGGAAACUGAACUCGGAGUCCUGCUUACCCAGACGGGAAGCUGAAUCUUCAAAUUAAAUUGGCGACAAAUUUGAUCAUCUUACCACGUGGAAUGUCGUGUGCAUUGUGAUACACCUGAAUAUUCCUGGAAAUAAUAUUACUGCUGCUAGACUCAGCCGGAGAAGCUUGGAGCCCUUUAUUUAAUAUGUUCCUCUCAUGGCACUAAACAUGAUUUAGUUUUUUGAGAUUGUUUUAAUUUGACUACUCCACUUGCUGCAGCGACAAUAGCUUGUCGAAGGCUUCAUGCAACGAUAAACAUUUGGUAUAUGGUACUCUUUAUGGAAUUCCAAUUUAUAGUAUUUAUUCAGUAUGUAUCAGUGAUUAUGGAAAAAAA